GCUGCAACCUGCAUUACCUUACCUGCCAUCGAUCCGUCUAGCCAUGGUGCUCUUUGAGCUCUCACCUUCGUUCUUCCUCUGCCUUGUUCCGUUGCUCUUCUGGUUCAUCAAGCAUUACAAGUCCAUUCUCUUGAAUACAUCAUCAUCAUCUUCUUCUUCUUCCAAGCCCUCCAAGCUUCCGAGAUCAUACCCACUUGUGGGUUCCUACUUUGAAAUGUCUGCAAAUCUCAGCCGUUAUGUGGAAUGGACAUCAGAAGCUCUUAAGGCCUCCCCUUCUUCAACCUUCGUCCUCCACCUCCCACUGGGCAACCAUCAGAUCUUAACAGCAAACCCCUCCAAUGUCCGCCACAUCCUCAAGACUCAGUCCUGUAUCUACCAGAAAGGCAGGUUCUUCAAGACCACUUUCAUGGACCUGUUCGGAAAUAGCAUGUUCAAUGCAGAUGGAGAGAUGUGGAGGUCCCAAAGGCAUGUCUCAAGCCAUGAAUUUAGCACCCAAGUGCUUUGCAGAUAUAUCCAGAGUGUAGUAGACCCGAUGCUCUCUCAUCGUCUUCUUCCGAUCUUGUCUGCCGCAGCUAUGAACGGGACUGUGCUGGAUCUUCAGGACAUUCUACAGAGGUUCGCAAUGGACAACAUUUGCCAGUUCGCCUUCGGGUAUGAUCCUGCAUGCUUGUUACCUUCUCUCCCCCAGAACAAAUUCGCAGAGGCCUAUGAAACAGCGAUUAGGGUCAGCAACAAAAGGUUCGCCUCGUUUCAUCCCCUGGUAUGGAAAACCAAGAGGCUUCUCAACAUCGGAUCGGAAAAGCAGCUCAAAAGCGCCAUUAAAGAGGUUCGAAAGCUCACCGAUGAGAUUGUCCAAAAGAAGAAACAACAAAUAGAAUCUGUGGACAUAUUAUCAAGAUUCCUGUGCUCUGAAAACCACGGCCAAGACAUAGCCAUGGACGUAAUCCUUGGCUUUAUCAUGGCCGGCCGAGACACGACUUCUGCAGCAUUGCUAUGGUUCUUCUGGGCACUGGCUAGGCAUCCCGACGUAGAAAAUGAGAUUCUCAGAGAGAUCAAUGAGAAGCCUGAAGAACCGAUUUAUGAAGACUUGAGGGACAUGGUUUACACGCACGCAUCACUGUGCGAAAGCAUGAGACUCUACCCACCAGUCCCCUUUGACAUGAAAGAAGCCGCGGAGGACGAUGUCUUGCCGGAUGGGACUGUUGUGAAGAAGGGCAUGAAGGUGACUUACCAUCCUUAUGCAAUGGGGAGGAUGGAGGAGCUGUGGGGGAAGGAUUGGGCGGAGUACCGCCCCGAGAGGUGGCUGGAGAAAGACCCCGCACCCGCCUCGGCGGCGUUGAAGUGGAGGUUUGUGGGGAGAGACCCCUAUACGUACCCUGUGUUUCAAGCAGGACCCAGGGUCUGCUUGGGGAAAGAUCUGGCACUCUUGCAGAUGAAGAGGGUGGUCACUGGUGUUUUCCGGCGGUUCCGGGUGGUGCCGGCACUGGAGGAGGGUGUGGAGCCAGUUUACAUCUCCUGCUUGACUGCAAAGAUGAAAGGUGGGUUUCCGGUGAGGAUUGAGGAAAGGGUUGAAGCCACCUUUGGCAAGCAGAUCAAACAAAAUUGAACAAGAUGGUAAAGAUUAUUCUCAUUCUCUUGUUUAUACAUACAUCUGAGAUUCAAAUUAAAUCAUAUCAUCAAUAUGCCUCACUGAUGAAGUUAUUCAUUCUUCUUACUUAAAAAGGCUAACUCCAUGUCCCAAUGUUAUUCUUUAUUAUAUUAUAAAUA